GUCUGUCACCGCUCACACCUCUCUCCACUACAUCCGGACACAACAUAUUCAAAUGAACUUGUAUUAGCUACAAUCUAGUAUCCUGAGGCGACCCCGGAAAAGUGAAAACCAACAACCAGGUCGUGGCCAUUCCGGAGAGAUUGCUGAGAAGGACGCCGUUUCCUGCAUCUUCCCUUUGGGGCGUGGGUGUGUUUGUAGCAUCUUUAUCGUGACUGCUAGCCUAAGCUAACAUGGAAUUUAACUCUAGGUUUUUCUAAACCAGAAACCUGCAGCAUCCUCUAUAUUUAGAUCGACCUCUGUCCCAGUGGAUAGUCUCUUCUGAAGCAUACAGUGACGGAGAAUACUACUGCUUCCGUCUGCACAGUAAACCAAAGCACUGACUGCUUUUGCUUCAAAUUUUGAAUAGUAUUUAUUUUACCAUACAACAAUGGGUCCUGGAAUGGAAGGUGCAGACAUAGCAGUGGUGGCACUGUACUUUGUACUGGUGCUACUCAUUGGAUUCUUUGCAAUGUGGAAAGCCAACCGGAGUACUGUUAGUGGCUACUUCCUGGCUGGACGGUCAAUGCCAUGGAUGGUGAUAGGGGCAUCACUGUUUGUCAGUAACAUUGGCAGUGAGCACUUCGUAGGCCUGGCUGGAUCAGGAGCUGCCAGCGGCUUCGCUGUAGGAGCAUGGGAGUUUAAUGCACUUUUACUUCUGCAGCUUCUCGGCUGGGUGUUCAUCCCUGUGUAUAUCCACUCAGGAGUUUACACUAUGCCAGAAUACCUUUCCAAACGCUACGGAGGCAACAGGCUCAAAGUGUACUUUGCUUUUUUGUCCAUAUUUCUCUACAUUUUCACCAAGCUCUCAGUGGACUUGUAUGCUGGAGCCCUUUUCAUUCAGGAGUCACUGGGAUGGAAUUUGUAUUUGUCCAUAGUUUUACUUAUUAGUAUGACUGCACUCCUUACUGUUACUGGUGGACUGGUGGCUGUACUGUACACAGAUGCUCUGCAAGCAGUGCUAAUGAUUGGUGGGGCACUCACAUUAACUAUCAUGAGUUUAAUAAAAGUCGGUGGGCUAGAGGGCGUCCGAACCAAGUACAUGCAAGCUGUACCUAAUGUUGCUGCUAUUACAGCUGCUGGAAACUUCACCUACUCCCCCUCUUGCCGUAUUCAUCCAAAACCUGACUCUUUGCGAAUCCUCCGUGGCCCACUCGAUGAAGACAUCCCGUGGCCCGGUUUUAUACUUGGACAAACACCUGCUUCCAUUUGGUACUGGUGUGCGGACCAGGUUAUUGUUCAGAGAGUACUAGCUGCCAAAAACAUUGCACAUGCCAAGGGCGCCACACUCAUGGCUGGUUUUCUCAAGAUCCUUCCCAUGUUUCUUAUAGUCAUUCCAGGUAUGAUCUCGCGCAUAAUGUUUGCUGACGAGAUCGUCUGCAUUGGACCAGAGCACUGUAUGGCUGUGUGUGGCUCCCAAGCUGGCUGCUCCAACAUUGCCUAUCCACGUUUGGUCAUGGCUGUCAUGCCUGUGGGACUUCGUGGACUAAUGAUGGCGGUCAUGAUUGCGGCCUUGAUGAGUGACCUUGACUCGAUAUUCAACAGUGCAAGCACUAUUUUCACCUUGGACAUCUAUCAAACUGUCCGGAGAAAGGCAUCUCAGCAUGAACUUUUGGUCGUGGGACGCCUGUUUGUUGUGUUCAUGGUGGGAAUUAGUAUUGCAUGGGUACCUGUGAUUAUUGACAUGCAAGGAGGGCAGACAUAUCUCUAUAUUCAGGAGGUAGCAGGUUACCUUUCACCACCAGUUGCAGCCCUGUUCCUGUUGGGUGUCUUUUGGAAACGGUGCAAUGAAAAGGGAGCGUUUUGGGGUGGCAUGACAGGGUUUGUCCUUGGGACUCUUAGACUAAUCCUAGCUUUUAUCUACCGUGCAGGUCGCUGUGACCAGCCUGACACAAGACCACUCUUCAUUAGUCAGGUACACUACAUGUAUGUGGCAGGGGCUCUCUUCUGGAUUUCAGGUUUUGUGGCUGUAGUAAUCAGUCUGUGCACUUCUCCACCAGAUGAGGAGCAGGUUAGGACUACCACAAUCUGGGGCCUGCGUAACCUUGAAAAACGUCCAGUAAAGGACAGAGAAGAGAUUUACAGGCUUACCCACAAUGACAGCAGUGGUGGUCCUUGUAAAGAAGUGCCCCUAGAUGUUACCAAACAAAUGCGUCUGGAUGGGGCAGAUGUUAAACUCCUGCUUCGCUCCAAUGAUCAUGACCCAGCCACUCCCAGUACAGAAGGGUCCACUAUUACUUCCACUGCAGAUCACUUUGGCAAUAGAACUCUAAGAGGAUCAGAGGAGAACUGGCACAAGGAGAGGAAGUGUAGUAAAUGUGUUAGAAUUCUGGAUUGGAUUUGUGGAUAUAAAGAUGAAACAGAAGGAAAACAGAGUAUUGAGCAAAAAGUAGAGCAGGAUGAAACAAGAAUUGCACAACAAUUAUUGUACGAACCCCCUCAAGUUAAACUUCUUCUCAACAUGGGUCUAGUGUGCGUUUGUUGUGUGGGUGUCUUCUUGUUUGUCUAUUUCUCACUUUAGUUAAAGGUUGCACUGAACUAAUGGGACUAGUUGUGCUUUUGUGAAGUUACAUGCAAGAGAAUUACACUGUUCCAAACUGUUAAACUUUUCAUAUAUUUGAGAAGCACUGUCUGUAAUAUUUACAGCUCUUUGAUAUCAGUAUAUUGUAUACGCUUUCAUAUCAGUGCCCAUAGUGUACAUGCAAAAUGUCUACUUUCAGAAAGUUUAAUUCUAUAUGAAUUUAAUGUUUGCCUUAUUUAAGCUUGUUGCAGCUUAGUUACUACUGUAGCAGAAAAACUAUAUUAGACGGAAUAUUUUUUUAGCUGUCACUUUAUUGCUUGUUACAACAGAAAAAAUAUCACUUUUUUUUUUAGCCCUACUAAAUUCUUAUUAGAUUGGUGAAGGGGAUUAUUUGUGUGUUGUAUUCGUAUUUAUUUGCAUACAUACUAACAUUACUAUAAAAACUCAGAUCUCAUUAUGCGUCUUUAUCAGUUUAUCAUCAGCGGUUUUGUUGUGUUGACAAAGUAUUAGUUGAUAAAGUACAGUACAUGUCCAGGAUUUGUGUAUAUGCUGUGUCUCAUAUACCUUUUAGUGCCCUUCUAUCUGUGUGAGUGGAUAUUUUUCAAGUAAUUUAGUUAAGUAUAUAACCUAUUAGUUACAAAGUGUGUCAUUUCCAAUUAUUACCAUUUACUCAGAGAAUAGCACUAUUAUAAAUGUGUAUUAUAUACAUUUCAAGUUUAAAACUAAAUUCAUUUCAGCUUAAACAAAAGAUGUUUGUUUUUUAUUAUACUGUACAAAUUUGCAGAACUGUGAAAUUUUCUCAAAAAGAAUACAUUUUGUUUUUAUUAUUGACAGUCCAAAGUGACAUUUGUAGUCAUUUCAGACAUAAACAAUACAUAAUAUUUAAAGGAUGUAAAUCUUGUGAUUGCUUUUUGCUGAAGAGCUUUAAAAUAUUAAGAAUAUGUUAUUUUUAUGAUGUAUAUGUUUUUUUAUUGAAUAAAGAGUUUGAUAAAAUCA